CCGUCUGGGUCGGCGUAGAGCCCGAGCCUCAGGCCCCGCCCAGGUCAGGCCACGCCCCUUCGCCCGCUCCCGCGCAGGCGCGCUCCGGCACCCGGCCAGCCAUGGUGAACCUGGGCUUGUCCCGCGUGGACGACGCCGUGGCCGCCAAACACCCGGGACUCGGGGAGUAUGCCGCGUGCCAGUCCAGCGCCUUCAUGAAGGGCGUGCUCACCUUGGUGGCAGGCACCGGCGGGACCUUCGGCCUGCAGAUUCUUAUCCAGAGAAAGUUUCCCUACCCGAUGCAGUGGAGCCUCCUGGUGGCCGUGGUUGCAGGCUCUGUGGCCAGCUACGGGGUGACCAGAGUGGAAUCGCAAAAAUGCAGCAAUCUGUGGCUCUUCCUGGAGACGGGGAAGCUCCCCAAAGACAUGGAUGCAGGUCAGCCCCGCUAGGAGAGCUACAGCCAGGGUGCAGAUCUGGGGCAGGACGAGUCCUGGAACAGUCAGCACCCCCAGCUCCAGACCAUCUGACAUACAUGUGGCCAGGCCUCACAAACCUGCUGCUGCCACUGCCCACACCCAGGACCUGCCUAGGUUGGCUCAGAAAGGCCUGGCAGGGCUGGAGCAGGGCAUUCUCCUCAGGGUCAGCACUCAAACCUGAGCAGGUUGGGUCCUGCUGCACUUGUGGAGACAGCAGCCAGUGGACAGGGCUUGUACACCCUCUGACACUGUGGUGUCUACCUGUCUACUCCCCAGUGAGCCCAAGGACACAGAGGGUGCUUGGAGUGUCACUAAUAAACAGCUUGCCUGGCUUCCCACCUAA